AUAUGUCUGGAGCGGGGAGUAUAUUCAUUAGCUUUGCAUUAUUAGCCUUAGGCUGCGUUUACUGUGCCUCAGCCUCGGCCAAUCUGACUGAGUUUCUGUCGCAUCGCCAGCGGCGUGGACUUAUUUUUCAGAACAGCGGUUCUAUUAAGUUCAGCAUUGGACCAUCGUUGCCAAUUCCUUUGGGCGAUCAUGUGUCCUUUCGCUCUGCUGUGCUCUCCUUCACACUACAAACGUCCAGCAACCUGCCAACUACGCCGAUUUGGCCUUGGGACAAAUGGGAAAGCACUUUUGCCCGAUCUCUGCAGCAAAUGAGGCGCAACAUUGAGAGGAACACGGUAAACGGAGCUCUUAGAUAUGCGGACGAUGCACGACUGUUGACCUACACAGUCCUGGAGGAGUACAUGGGCAGAAGGAACAAUAAUAUGCUUGUGGGCAGACAAUGCCUGCUGCGUUCCAUAUGCGAAAAUGCCCAGGUGCAUCAUCAUGUCGGCAUCUUCUCCGAAAUACUAAACAUUGUCCUGAGUCCGGGUAAGGCUGAUUUAGAUAACGCCUAUCACGAUGCCUUUGCUGCUGGCCAAGCGGGUGCUAAUUGCUUGGCCGUUUUUAAGGCCUGCCCACGUGGUCUCAACUUUCUGGACGAGCUGUUGGUUUCGGAGCACAGCUUGAUUGAUUGAGUUUUCGCUAGGGAUUGAUGGAUUGGAUAGAUUGGAUAGAUUGGAUGGAACAA